AUUAGGAACUCUCAGUGAAAAAGUUAAAAUUUUUUUAGAACAAUAGGCGAUCCAUCGAUUGGUGGAGUUAGAAAUUGCUGACGUGGGCCAAAGGUGAUGAGGUGGAGAGAUCGGAGUGGGGUAGGGGGAGAGAAGAGAUGCUAAAGCUUGAAUCUUUUACUCACAGUAGGCACAGUUCUCGCUCCUUUGAUGUGUCUGCUACAAAGAACAGCUCUAAACAAAGGCAGAGAGAGAGAGAGAGAGAGAGAGGAAGACGUCUGCUUGUGGUUUCCUCUACUUCUGCUUCUUCACUCUAGAGACCCAAACAGUUUAGAGAGAGAUUCAAUGGAGUACGAGAGGAUAGACAAAGUGCAGAGUGGUAUAAUAUCUCCAAGUAAGCUGAGGAUGAAGUUAAUGGGACCUCACCAUAAUAGAAAGAAAGAUGGAUCAAACAGUAAUUCUUCAAGAACAUCUCCUUCAAGGCUCGACGAUGCCGAAUUUGUCAAUAAUAGCUUAUUAGCCUCCAAUGACGAGGAAGCAUUUUGUGCAGCUCCCAGCUUAGAAGUUGCAUUUGUGACUGCACCAGGUGACCCAGCGGUUGACCUCAGCCAAGUUGAUCAGCCAUCUUGCCAGCCAAAGGAGACAUUGCUGAAGGAAAAUGGCAAUGUGGGUCGUGUUAAAAUGCAGCAAUUUUCAAAGGGUGAAAGUGGAAAUUCGACUGCUGUUCACCCAAUGAGAUCAUUUGAAGAUGACAAUCUUGAUUAUGAUAGCAAUGCUAGUUCAUCUAGUUUUGAGUUCCAUAAAGAAAGAUCAGUACUUAAUCAAUUUACAAGAUCACUUUCAAGGCCUAUGCCAUCUAAGUGGAAUGAUGCAGAAAAAUGGAUAAUGAAUAAACAAAAUCUGCAGCCUAAUUCAAAGAAAAAUGCUUUACACAGCCAAGCUAAUCGAAUGCUUGGCACAAAGACAGUGAGAGUUGCUCCAGAAUCAACAAAUCAUGAUCUUAAGCUAGUGGAUACUAAACGAAUAGAUUUCUGUCAGCCUGCUCCACAAAUGGCAUUUGAGAAGUUCUCUUUUAUUCCUCCUGGAACUCCUUCAGUUUCUGGUCAAGUAUAUGGGGGAAAUUCGCUAAUCGAUCAGUGUACUCAGAGCGAGGACUUGCAGGAAGUGGAGCAAAGAGAAAUAUAUGAUACAAAAAGUUUAGCAGAAGGCACAACAGUUCUUCCUAUUAUAAGAUCAGUCUGCAUGAGAGACAUGGGAACAGAGAUGACUCCUGUUACAAGUCAAGAGCCUUCAAGGACUGCUACACCUGUGGGGGCAAUAACUCCUCUUCGCAGCCCGACUUCUUCAAUCCCAUCGACUCCGUGGAGAGAGGCACCAGCACUAACAACUAUGGAACAUGGCACUGAUGAUGAUACACAACACACUUCUGGAAAAAGCAGAAAAGAGUUAAACGAGCAAGAAAUGAAACUAAGGACAAGAAGGGAGAUUGUGGCGCUUGGUGUGCAGCUAGGCAAGAUAAGUAUUGCUGCCUGGGCAAGUAAUCAUGAGAAGAAUACAUCUGAAGUUGAGACUACUGACGUUGAGGAGCUUGAGAGGAUUGAAUUUGAAAAACGUGCAGCUGCAUGGGAAGAAGCUGAAAAAUCUAAACACACAGCAAGAUAUAAGCGUGAAGAAAUAAAAAUUCAAGCAUGGGAAAGUCAGCAGAAAGCAAAACUAGAAGCAGAGAUGCGGAAAAUAGAGACCCAAGUUGAAAAAAUGCGUGCUGAAGCUCAAGCGAAGAUGGUAAAGAAGAUCUCGAUGGCAAGGCAAAGGUCAGAAGAAAAACGAGCUGCAGCAGAAGCCAGGAGAAAUAGAGAUGCAGAAAAAGCUGCAGCUCAAGCAGAGUAUAUACGUCGAACAGGAAGAAUGCCAUCAUCCCAUUACAUGUGCUGUGGUUGGUUGUCAUAAAACUGUAAAAAGAAAAAAAAAAAAAACAAAUAUUCAAGAAGAAAGAAUUUGCUCAUACUCUCACUGAGCCAAAGUGGCAUCUCUUGUACUUGAUGUUUUUUUCAUAAUUCAUGGAGUGUUGUCUCACUCGUCCUGUAUGUUGGCGCAAUCUUUGCAUCUAAUGAACUGACCUUCUUUCCUUUUCUGUAA